AUGAGUGAAGAGCUAGAAGCUAUGGAGGUUAACAGAACGUGGACUAUUGAAAGCUUGCCUCCGGGUAAGAAUGUCGUGGGUUGCAAGUGGGUCUAUACGAUCAAUGGGUUAUACCCCAGCUCCGGGAUAAGUUCUUCCUCUAAUCCUGUCUGCCAUCUCCAUAAGUCCUUAUACGGUUUAAAGCAGGCUUCACGGCAGUGGUAUCAUUGUCUCUCUGCAGUUUUGGAGUGUGCUGGCUUCAUUCAGUCUCAAGCCGAUAACACGCUCUUUGUCAAGCAAACUGGUAACAAGUUCACUGCUAUCUUGGUAUAUGUCGAUGAUAUUAUGAUCGCCAGCAACAGUGAUGAUGAUGUUACUCUGCUCAAGACGUUUCUGCAUUCAGAGUUCAAGAUCAAAGAUCUCGUCCCUAUGGAUCCCGUGGUCAAGCUUAGCAAGGAAUCAGGCGUCCCUCUCGAUGAUCCCACUCCUUACCGCGCCUUGGUUGGUCUUUUGCUCUACUUGACGAUCACUCGGCCUGACAUUACCUUUGCGGUACAUUGUCUCAGUCAGUUUAUGCAUACACCAACUGAUGUUCAUCUCACGGCUGCUCAUCGGAUCCUCCGCUACGUCAAAAAUGACCCCGGCCAGGGACUGUUCUACUCCGCUAAAUCGGAUCUCUGCCUCAAUGCUUUCUCUGACUCUGACUGCUCCACCUGCCCUGAUACACGAAGGUCUAUUACUGGCUACUGGGUUUAUCUUGGCAGCUCCCUCAUUAUGUGGAAGUCAAAGAAACAUGAUAUCAACAGAUUCUACUGGAGGAAGAUGGUGAAGGAUAUACAGAAGUAUGUGAAAGAGUGUGAUGUGUGUCAGAGGCAUAAGUACUCAAUACUGAAACCAGCGGGUUUGCUCCAACCUUUACCCAUCCCUAAUCAGAUUUGGGAAGAUAUUUCCAUGGAUUUCAUUGAAGGACUUCCAAUGUCACAGGGAGUGAAUGUGAUUUUGGUUGUGAUUGAUAGACUGAGCAAAUACGCACACUUCUUGAGGCUUAAACAUCCAUUCACGGCGACUGAUGUGGCUACUAAGUUCAUUCAAGAGGUGGUGAGACUUCAUGGAUUUCCUCGAUCAAUUGUCUCAGACCGAGAUCGAAUUUUCUUGAGUUCUUUUUGGCGCGAACUCUUUCGCCAGGCGGGUACAUCGUUGAAGUUCAGUACAGCUUUCCAUCCUCAGUCUGACGGCCAGACGGAAGUUUUGAAUCGUUGCCUUGAAACCUACCUCCGUUGCUUUGCUUCUUCACAUCCGAAGUCUUGGGGGAAGUUUCUUGCGUGGGCUGAGUUGUCUUACAACACGAACUUUCACACAGCAAUUGGUACAACUCCUUUUCAAGUGGUCUAUGGAAGAACUGUGCCAAGUUUGUUGCGUUUUGAGGAGAAGUCUACGGCAAACUAUGAUGUGGAAGUGAUGUUAAAAGAACGUGAUGAGGUGUUGCAGGACUUAAAGAGUCAUUUGGUGAAAGCGCAGGCACGGAUGAAGAACAAUGCUGAUAAGCAUAGACGUGAGUUAGUAUUUGCGGCGGGUGAUAAAGUGUUUUUGAAACUGAGACCAUAUCGACAACAAUGGUUUCAAAACGCUUGUAUCAGAAGUUAG